AUGACUUCGGAAAGAAAUCAACCUGAAUUAGGAAUUAACAAUGGCACUACCGGCAAUGCUGCCAUAGUUUACUUAAUCGGCUGUCGCGAUGCUGCUGUGGGUAUUGCAAUAGUUUUGAGUAUUUUUUUGGCUUCACUAGAUCUGAACAUCAUUGCCACAGCGAUGCCACACAUCACUGACGAGUUUCAUAGCCUCAACGAUGUGGGAUGGUAUGCCUUCGCGCUAUUCCUAACAGUCUCAGCAGCCCAAUUAUUGUGGGGAAAGGCUUUCAGAUAUUUUCCAAUCAAGACUGUCUAUUUGAUCAGUAUAGCCGUCUUUAAAGUUGGAGGUGUGAUAUGUGUUUCGGGUGUUGCUAGAAACAGCACAAAAUUGAUAGUAGGACGAGCUAUAACAAGUUUUGAUGUUGCAGGAACAUUUGGGGGAUCAUAUAUCACCAUUGGAGUAUCAGCACCACCCGAGAAAAGACCUGCGAUGACGGGAUUUAUGGGGUCAGCAUGUGCUAUUGCGCCGAUAAUUGGUCCGUUGAUUGGAGGUGCUCUCACUGAUCGGGAUUUCUUCGUCAAUAUUCCUUGCGUUGCACUUGCGGCAGCUUCAAUAAUCUUCCUCUUCAAAGUACCAGAUGCAGUCAAACUAGCUGAGGCGACCUUGAAGGAAAGACUUCUGCAAAUGGAUAUACUGGGAUUUAUUUUCAUCACUGCGUCCAUCGUCUGUUGUCUUUUAGCUCUGCAGUGGGGAGGUGCCAUUCAAAGAUGGAGUAACUCGGAUGUGAUUGGUACACUUGUUGGCUCUGCGUUAUUUCGCGUACUUUUCGGGCUCAUUGGAUGGUAUCAAGGCGAGAGAGCUCUUCUCCUACGAAGUACUUUCAGGAACCCAACCAUCGCAAAGGGCUGUGCUUUCUGCUUCCUAAUCUCCGGCAGCUUCUAUAUCCUUCUCUACUAUCUUCCGAUCUACUUCCAAGUGAUUCGGGGAGCUGAUGCCACUGGAUCCGGAAUUCGAACUCUUCCUUUAAUCUUGGGCCUCGCAUUGGUACAAAUCAUAACAGGUAUUAGUGUCGGCAAGAUAGGCGUCAUUAAUCCAUUCUUGAUUGCCGGUGGAAUACUAACUACUAUCUCUUGCGGAUUAUUGAUGACCUUACAGCCAGACUCUUCCUCAAGCAAAUGGAUUGGUUACCAAGCUCUGGCAGGUAUUGGGCUUGGAUUUUGCUCCACCGUGUACAUCAUUGUAGUACAGAACAUUGUUAAGGCAGAUGAGAUAGCAACUGCUACAAGAUUAGAAACUGAAAUCCUUUCAAUGGGAGGCGCUCUGAUUGUCUCAGCAGCACAAUCCCUUUUCCAAAAUGAGCUUCUCAACAUUAUUCCGCACACCAAUCCAUCAAUUAGCCCCUCCAGCAUAUUCAGCAUAGGGGCAUCUCACGUUCAGACUAGUUUUCCGCCUGAUGAAUUAUCUGGAAUUAUAGCUGCUUAUAUGAGGGGUAUCCGAAUGGCAAUCGCUCUAUCAAUUGCUAUGGCCGGAACAGCAACACUAGUCACAUUGAGCCAAGGCUGGUUUCGAAUGCAGCAGGAAGUGGGUAGUGGAGAUGACAUUCAAGAUGGUAUUGAGCUGGAACAACGGAGCGAGAGUUAUUCGCGGAAGAUAACGUAG